UAUGAAUCAAUGAUUUCAAAACAAUGUUUACAAUAAUACUGUAUUAGUAUUGAUAUAAACAUUGAAUGAAUGUUAACAUUGGAUGCAAUGUUAAGCCAUAAUUAGGAGAUAAUCACUAUCACCGACAAAGACAUCGACCUCAACUGUCACUCAUAUGUUGGACAGUGAUGUCGAUAUCAAACAGUUGUUUAUAUUCAUGUUAUCUGCGGUCAGAUGUCAAUCAAUUUACGUACGAGUAUUCAGUGGACAACAUCCGCGAACGUAACCACAAUCUCAUAAAAUCUUCGGUAUUUCACGCGGAGGACAGUUCGUGGACAGUGAUUGUGGCGCCGAUUGUCAAGAAUAUCACCGAUGGUUACGAGUAUUUGGGAUUAUUCUUGAAUCGCGAGUCCGGAGACAAAGCUCUUUGGGCUAAAUAUACGUUUGCUUUACUCAAUGUGUCCACUGGUCAGAGGUUUAAUGUCAAGACUGGAUGUCAUUUCUUUACUCAUAGCAAUAAUAUCACAACAAAUAAAUCCAAUACUUCAUUGAUCACCAAUAAUGGCAAUAAUAGUCAAAGCAAUACUAAUACUUCUGCAGCACUUCGACAGCGAAGUUCAGACCAAAGAUGGUCGCAAUUCUUCAGUGCCGACAGUGUGGCUCUUAAUUCUGCACAAAAUUACGAUAUCUUACGGUUUGAGUUUUCACCGCCACUUCCCGGACAGGCGUCUAAUUCACUUCAGGGCUCCCGAACCGGUGAUCCCAACCGAAGUCCGGUUCAACUUAUUAAUGGCAAGUCGUCUGGCAUUAAGUCAUUUAUUACACGCGAAGCUCUCUUUAAUCUAAGCAAUCAUUUGGUUGAAAAUAAUAAGAUUACUGUUGUUUGCGAUAUAUAUUUGUUUACAAUUAAUGAUCCGUUGGAGACACUCGAGAGGUUUGAUUUGAAUCUAUCAGAAAAUUAUUCCGAUUUGUUGAAAGAGGGAAAGUAUUCCGACGUCAAGCUUAUAGUAGACGGAACUGAACUGCCGGCACAUAAAUCAAUAUUAUCCGCCAGAUCUCCGGUUUUUAACGCUAUGUUUUCUUCGGAUAUGUCGGAAAAUCGGGAGAAUAUUAUCAGAAUUGACGAUUUGACUAAAGAAGUAAUUGAAGAACUCUUAAACUUUAUAUACUCCGGUAAAGUAACCAAUUUGUCGAAAGUAUCGAAAGAGUUGUUGUCAGCCGCAGAUAAGUAUGAAUUACCACAACUGAGUGAUCUUUGCGAACAAUAUCUUACAUCAAGUCUUAAUGUGGAGUCAGCUCCUGAGAUACUUGUGCUCUCACACCUACACAAAGCUGUCAAAUUGAAAUCAGUGUCGAUUGAAUUUAUUAUAAACAACCGCAAAGAUGUAAUGAAAAGUGAAAACUGGGAACUCAUACGUCGUGAACCCGAUCUUAUGGAAGAACUAUUUAAAGCACUGUCCAAUCAAUUCGACAAAUUUGGGGUUUUUGUUAAUUAACUAUUUUCUUAAAAU